CCAGACUGUCAUGUGGUGCUUUGGAACCAAGAACUACGCGCCCAUGAUGACGGAACAUCUCAACGGCCACACAGAGAAGCUUCAAAACGGCUUCCACGAAUUCACCAAUGGCUCCCUCUUAGACGUUAUGAACGGCCCCAGAAUAGAGGAUGAUCCAACAUCCAUCGACAAAGUCCCUCGCAAGAAGGUAUCUUUUCAUGAUGCCGUGACCGACAUCGACGGCGGGAACGAUGACCACGAAGAAAAAGAAGAUGCGCCCAGUCUGGAUGGAAUUCUUAAUGUGUCCGAAAAGAUAAGCUUCUUCAAUCAGACAACAAAGGCGAAGGCCAGCCUUGGCCAGCCGAGUUCGAUUCCGCAGGCGAGGCUCGCUUUUGUCACCGAAAUGGUCCAGAGCUCCUCUCCAGGAAACGAGUCGCGUGAGGAUCGAGAAGAAGAUAGAGAAGUGGCAUGCAGAGUGACCGAUACUCUCCCAGAAUCUGACAAUAUCUCGGUCAGUGAAGAAGCAACGGACAUGGCCACACAGGUUACCUUCAUGAAGAUUUUCGCGACGCCGAAGAAGACAGUCUCUGAAACUGUUGUCGACACGUCAUCCAUUUUGGAACAUAGAGAAGAGACACGAGAUUUUUGGGAAAAAAGAAUGAUGGCCGAUGACAACCAGUCUUCACCUUCUUCCACCAUCGUGGAGAAGUCCACCCUCACACAGCCAACGGAAGAAGGCAAAGAAGAAGCGGUUGUAAAAACCAAUAGCGAGGCCGAAACGAAGCAUGACCAUAAGAUGUCCAACGGUUUCGCCAAAUCAGUCGAAUGCAAUGGAACUGAAGAUGGUGAUGCCAAACCUGCUCAUGAAGAGGAAGUCAAAGCCCAUGAAAAUGAGACACAAGCCCCAGCUCAACGUGUAGAAGCAGAUCAUGACAACAACAACUGUAUAGAUUCUUUGGAACCCGUGAACACUGAUGACUACGUUGAAGAAAAGACUUACACUUCCGAACUUGAAACUUCACUUGUGAUGAAGCAGCCAGAAGAAAAUCCCACCAGCAAGGGGGAAGCUGACACUACACAAGUUACUGAGCAAACACCUGUUGAAGAAGUAAAAGAAAAGGAAAUUCUUGUUGAAUCUGAAACAGUUGUACCAGAAAUCAAGAGUGAAGAACAAGCUGACGCUGCUGUUAAAGGUGAAGAACAAGUUGAUGCUGCUAUUAAAGUUGAAGAACAUAUCGCUGCUGAUGCUGAAAAAACACCAGAAGUACAGGCAUCUUCUACUGAAAAGGAUACUUCAGAGAACGACAUUAAUUCCAUGUCUUUCGAAAAAGUAGAGUUACACGAAGAAGUUGUAACUUCCACGAGCAUAAUUACCACAGAAGAGGUUCACCACCAGGAGGAAGUGAAAGAAACUACAACCAUUUGUGAAAGUCAGCCAAAGAGCCUGGAGGUUGAGAAGAAUGCAAGUGAUGACGACGAUGGCUUUGUACGCGUUGAAGAGUGUUUACCAAAGGUUGAAACUACCGAAACGGAACCGGAGAGCUUUGUUGUUGUGGAACAGCAUGAAGUGAUCGAAAGUUCUAAGCAGGAAACAAAAGAAGACACAGUUUCGGCAGUUGUCGAGGAACAUCAGGUCACAACCACUAGUAGUGACCACGAUGAGCACUCCGCAUCCACACCACCUGCUUCAUCAUCCCCCGAACCUAAAUCGGAAGAAAAAGUCAGCCAUCCCGAGAUAGAACAGUUUGUGAAGUCUGGUGGCGUGAAACGCAUUCUGCCUGGAGUACAGAAAACGGAACAGCCUUACAGCACUUGCACUACGGAAACCAAGAUCGCCAUGGAAAUUCGAGAGAUGCGAGAACGAGAGGAAGAACUUCGUCUGAUGAGAGAACAGAACCUAUUAUCGCCUGUUGUAUCUCCUGUGCCCCCAAAGAGCCCUUCUCCCCGCAGCCCUUCUCCAGCCAUGAAAGAAGGAUCCAGUCCUACCCCACCCCCAGGAUGUGGAUACAAGGUCAGCAGCGUGUUUGGACACAAGGGCACAGUAUCCCCAGUUUCCCCGGUGGAGGAGGACAAGAAGUCCUUCAAGGGAUUCAACAAAGAAUCACAAGUGGAAAAGGAGAUCCGGCUAGCCAGAGAAAGGGAAGAGGAGCUAAGGAAUCAGAAAGGUUUGCCACCACGGGAGGAUGACAGCUAUGUGAAGCCCAGUCAGGUCAAGUCGUCUCAGGUGCGUGUGUUCGGCAAGAUGGCGGGCACCAGCAACACCUCAGUGAAGCAGGCGGCGACCGCCAAAAUCCAGAUGGAGAUCGAGGAGCAGACGCAAAGGGAAAUGGCCCUGCGGGAAUCCGGGUCCAUCAAAACCAUUUCUCAGGAGCGCACGGACGCCAAGGUCGCCAAGCUUAACGGCACUCCGCCCACCAAUGGUAAUGCCCAGCCCGUCUCCAACGGCAAUGGAUUCCAUAGCAACGGGCGUGCCUCUCCAGACGUGGCUCCUUACAAAAGAGGCAGUCCUUCCCCUACAGGUGGCCGCCCCGCCACUAUCUUCUCUCCUCAGUCUAAUGGCAAGGCCAACAUCAGCAUGCACAAGUUCAUCGCCAGCAAAGGCAAGGAGACCACCUUCACUGCCCCCAGGAAAGAGGAAAUCGUUCCUAAAGUAGUCCCUGCCGUCCCUCCUGCUAUGGUGAAGUUGAAGAGGAACGUCUCCGUCGAAUCCAAGAUCCAACAGGAGAUCCUCGAGAUGAAGCAGAGGGAAGAGGAGCUCAAGAAACUUCAUUCUAAUAGGAAUAGUGUUAGUUCUCAUUCGGAUGAUGAGAAGAACGAGAACGAAGUGAACCAGAAAAAUAAUUUAUUGGAAUAUGAAAAUGGAAAUGGAGUUCACGAAGAGGAGCUUAGCCCCCGUCAUAAUAAGCUGAUCGCCCAAUGGGAACAAAGGAUCCAAAAAGCCGAGAGUUGAACCCAGCGAAUAGACUCAGAAAUUUCGACUGAAAACUUUUUCCAAGUUGUGAUGUUGCCAGCUAUUGUGGGGAAAAACCGCGACUUUUCGUGGACUUAUAAUAAUAAGUGUCUUAAUACAAAGGAAUCGAACUGAUGUUUUUGUCUCCUGUGGUUAUUUUUAUACUGCAGCUAUCAUCACCUUAUAGUAUUCUUUUAUUAUUAUUCUUGCUAAAAUAUAUUGGAUAUGUGUACUUUUUAUCUAUGCAGAACUGUCUAUGAUAUAUGUAGAACAAAACAAAAAUUAUGCCUUUAAACUAGAUGCCUUUAACAUAAUUCAGGUAAUUAUGUGAAAUUAAUGUAAAAAAAAGAUAAUGACUUUGUAAUGAUAAUGUUACGAUGAACUGUACAUAUCAGACGAAAUAAAAAUUUAGUUUUCGUAGUGUAAA